AUAUAUAUGUGUGUGUGUGUCUCUCGCUAUACACCAAUUCAUUCAUCGAUAUCUUCUUCUCUCUAAAUCUAUGGCUGAAGUAGCUCCAUUGGUACCUUCUCUUGUUCCGAUCACUAAAAAAUCACCUAAGCAAAUUACAAGCAUUAAAUUCAUAGCAGAGUCACCUGAUCUUACCACCAUCCCUGCAAGUCAUAUCUUCACUCCAAAUUCUGAUGAAUUAUUAUCAGUUUCAGAGCCAGAAGAGCCAAUUCCUGUCAUUGAUUAUUCCCUUCUUAUUUCAAGUUCUUCUCAUCAAAGAACUAAAAUCAUUAAUGACCUUGCCAAAGCCUGUCAAGAUUGGGGCUUCUUCAUGGUGGUCAAUCAUGGAGUGCCAGAAACACUAAUGAAAUCAAUGAUUGAAGCAUGUAAAGGUUUUUUUGAUCUUCCAGAAGAGGAAAAGCUGGAUUUUAAAGGGAAAAAUGUGUUGGACCCAAUAAGGAGUGGGACGAGCUUUAAUACUUCAGUUGAACAAGUUUUCUGUUGGAGAGAUUUUCUCAAGGUUUUUGUUCAUCCUGUGUUUCACUCUCCCACCAAACCUCUUGCUCUAAGUGAGAUUAUGUUAGAAUACUCAAAAGAAGUGAGAGAAAUAGCAAGACAAUUACUAAAAGGAAUAUCAGAAAGCUUGGAAUUGGAAGCUGAUUACAUAGAGAAGACACUCAACUUUGACCAAUGUCUUCAAACCAAUAUAGCAAACUAUUACCCACCUUGUACCCAACCAGAACUGGCCAUGGGUCUGCCCUGCCACUCAGAUCAUGGUUUGUUGACCAUUCUAAUAGAAAAUGGAGUCAGUGGCCUUCAAGUGCAACAUAAAGGAAAAUGGGUUAAUUUGAAAAUCACACCCAAUUCUUUUCUAGUUAACACUGGAGAUCAUCUUGAGAUACUGAGUAACGGGAAGUACAAGAGUAUUCUACACAGAGCAGUAGUGAACCAAACAGCUACAAGAAUAUCUAUAGCCCUCGCACAUGGACCGUCACUCGAUACAAUUGUUAGUCCCGCACCAGAGUUGAUCGAUCGUGAAAACAAAAAACCAGCAUAUAUCGGUAUCACUUAUCAAGAAUAUGUCCAACUUCAGCAGAGCAAUCAGUUGCAUGGAAAAUCUUGCUUGGAUCGUGUUCGAAUUUGAACACCCGAGUGAACCGAUUUCACGUGUUUUUGUUUUCGAUUCUCUGGUGUAAGUUUGUAUGUGAUUAGUAGAGAAUCAGUUUCACUUAUCGGUUUAUAAAUGAUAGAAAUGCAUCCUUUUCUUAUUUAUCCUAUGAAUUGCAUUACUAUCAAAGAAAAUGAAUAAAACUACCAAUUUUUUCAUGAUA